AUGUGCCAUCAGGAUCUUCGUCGAGAUGGGUUUGGAGAUAAUCCUGUGUUCGAGAGCAUCGUCCUAGAAGACAGGGAGGCUGAUGAGGAAUCGUCUAUCUUGGGCUACGCCCUCUUUUUCAUGGGCUUCUGCUCCUGGAAGGGGCGACUCCUCUAUCUUGAAGAUGUUUAUAUCAAUUCUGAAUACAGAGGUAGGCAAACAGUUAUACAAUGGAUAUGUAUCCAGGGUACUGUCGUUGAAUGGAACCCGGAUGUCAUGAAGCUCUACAAACGGAUCGGUGCUAGGGAUAUGACGGAGAAUGAGAAAUGUCAUCUAGUGGCCAUUGGCCAGGCCGAUGUCCAACGAUUCGCCCAGACCGAGCUGCCAAUGUUCAACAAUGGAUCACAAAUCGUGUCAUGUGAGCUUUAUCUGUGA